UGUGUAAAUAAAAUAAUCUUUUGAUAUACUUAUACAUGCAGGUUUUACCUUUUAAAUUGUUAGAUUUUCCCUCAUGUAUGUUUCCAACAUUAUAUGGCGCCUUCUGGCGUACUAAGAUACUUUCUCAAUCAAGUAAAAAAAUGCACAUAUGCAAUUUUCAGGUUAAAUUUCUUUUUCUUUGUUAAAUUUCUUAUUCAUUUUUGGGAUUUCGUUUACUUUCUUUAUAUUUCUUCCAGCUCCAUACAUACUGCAACACAUCCUCUAGCAAAGAAAAUCAUACUUCCACCAUAAAACAGGUCUCUGUUCAUUUUCGCAGUAUUCAUCGUUUAUUAGAAAUAGCAAAGUCAAAUUUCUUACUUUUUGUACAGUAUCUUUAAUCCAUCAUGUCGUUAGAACCUUUACCCGGAACUUUGGAGAAUUUGUUGCACCAAAAGACCUUGAAAUGGGUUUUCGUUGGUGGUAAAGGUGGUGUUGGUAAAACUACCACUUCUUGCUCUUUGGCUAUUCAAAUGUCCAAGGUUCGUUCUUCUGUUUUGCUGAUAUCUACCGACCCUGCUCAUAACUUGUCUGAUGCAUUUGGAACAAAGUUUGGAAAAGACGCCACGAAGGUUCCUGGAUUUGAGAACCUUAGUGCCAUGGAGAUUGACCCUAAUCAAUCCAUUCAAGAAAUGACAGAGCAAGCUGACCAGCAAAAUCCAAACAAUCCCAUGUCUGGUAUGAUGCAAGAUUUAGCUUUUACAAUUCCCGGUAUCGAUGAGGCCCUCGCUUUUGCUGAAAUUUUGAAACAAGUUAAAUCUAUGGAAUUUGAUUGUGUCAUUUUCGAUACCGCCCCCACCGGUCAUACAUUGAGAUUUUUGAAUUUCCCAACUGUCCUUGAAAAGGCUCUUGGCAAACUUGGUGGCCUCUCUAGUCGCUUUGGUCCUAUGAUCAACCAAAUGAGUAGUGUUAUGGGCGUCAACGCAAACCAAGAAGAUAUUUUUGGCAAACUUGAAGGCAUGCGUGAAAACAUUUCUCAAGUGAACCAACAGUUUAAGAAUGCAGAUCUCACUACCUUUGUUUGUGUUUGCAUUUCUGAAUUCCUCUCGCUUUACGAAACUGAAAGAAUGAUUCAAGAAUUGGUUGGAUACGAGAUUGACGUAAAGAACAUUGUAGUUAACCAACUUUUAUUGGAUCCUACUACAACUUGUCCUCAAUGCCUUGCUCGUAGAAAGAUGCAGCAAAAGUAUCUAGACCAAAUUGAAGACUUAUACGAAGACUUUCACAUUGUUAAAGUACCUCAAAUCCCUGCAGAAGUUCGUGGCCCUGAGGCUUUGAAAUCCUUUUCCGAAAUGUUGGUCAAGCCUUAUGUUCAUCCAUCUCAAAAGUAAAUGAAAUAGAAUGAGUUUUUUGUUUUUGGCUCAUAUUUACACUUUGGAUUGUGACCGUUCCUUCUGGCAAUUAGACGUAUCUUCCCAAAGGUUUUGACUAUAUUUUAUUCUAUGUUAAGGUCAUCCAUCCUCAUAAUGUCAAUGGUAAUUUCUUUGCCUGAGCAAUUUAUUAUCGAAACUGAUUAAAAACAUUUCGUAGGAAAGUAGCCUUUAGUUUUAAGAGAGUAUAAACUAUAAACCAUCUUCAAUCUUUUCUCA